AAACCGCACCCUUAACCCUAGCCACGGACCACGAGCCGCUCACCUUUUCUCUUGGAGGUUCAUCCCGAGUCGCCCUAACCAAUAAGAAACAAAGAAAAUAAAAAGAAAAAAAGAAAAAAAAAAGGUGAGAAAAAGAGAGAAAAAAAUAGAGAAAAUUGAAAUUAAGGUUCUGUUUAUUUUUAUUUAUGUUUUAUUUAUAUCUUUGUGUUUUUUGCCUCAAACGUUUCGAUCUUGAAAGAACAGAUUCCGUAUAUGUGAAAAAAAAAAAAGGGUUUUAAGCCAUUGAAACAGAUUAAAAACCGAACUUAUUCUCGAUCAUCAAAAUCUUGGGUUAGGGUUUCCUUUAUGUUUUUCCCAAUUUUUUUAGCUUCCUUCCUUUGAUAUUCUUUUUACACUUUUUGUUACUGGUAAUGACACUCCUUUAAUCUCUUCCUUUUCGAACCAUCCCGUUGAAUCUAUUUAUUUCUUUAGAUAUAUAGGUAAAGAAGCUUUAAUUUAAUAUUUGUUUAUAUAAAAAGGGGUAUAUGAGAUAAAAACGGGGCUGUAUUUGAUGGACGAGAUCUGGGAGAGGGCGGUGGAGACAGCGUUAGACGGGCAACCGGACCACACGGCCGCUCGAACCUUGACACUAGAUGGUGCCGUGAAGUGCGUCCAAGGUCGCCUCCCGCCGCCGAGCCUCUUGGAAAAAUUUGAGAAUCUUCAACACCUGUCCAUCGCCAAUAUCGGCGUUUCAUCUCUGGAACAGUUUCCUCGUCUUCCAAAUCUCCAGAAACUCAUCCUUUCAGACAACAGAAUCGCCGGUGGCUUGGAGUUCCUCUUCGAAGCCGGCCUCGAGUCUCUCCGAGACCUCGACUUGUCCAAUAAUCGGAUUCAAUAUAUCGAGGAUCUUGCCCCGCUUGCCCAGCUUAAGCUUGUUUCACUCGAUCUUUAUGAGUGUCCGGUUACCAGAGUUAAGGAUUAUCGAUCCAGGGUUUUCGGGUUGAUUAAAUCGUUGAAAUAUUUGGAUAAAAUGGAUGACGAAGAGAACGAAAGGCCGGAGUCAGAUGACGAAGAAGAAGAUGAAGAGGAGGAUGAUGACGAUGAUCCUGGGAGUGGGGAAAUCGAUGGUGAGGAUCGGCCGUAUAGAAUGGAUAAUGGGCAUAGCGAAGGAGGGGAAGGGAUUGUUGAUGUUGAUGAGGAUGAAGAGAGCGAUGCAGAUGAAGAAGAGACUGAGACAGGUAGAAGAGUAAAUGGGCACAGCCAUGAGGCCAACGGGUUUCGGAUUGAGGAAGUUGGGGGAGACGAAGAUGAAGAAGAUGAGGAUGAUGAUGAUGAGUAUAAUGAUUCAGGUGAGGAAGUUGAUGAUGAGGAAGAAGAUGAUGUUGUGGAAGUGCAUGAGAUUGGAGAUAGUGAUGAUGAGGAAGAUGGGGUAGAGGAUGAUGACGAUGAUGUUGAUGAUGAAGAUGACGAGGAGGAGGUAGAUAAUGACGAAGGGGAUUUUGCUGAGCUGGAGAGUACUGGGCGUUUAACGAGCACUGAAGGGGAGAUUGAUGGGCAUGAACAUGGAGAAAAUGAUGGGGAUGAUGAUGAUAAUGGUGAGACUGGUGAGGAAGAGCAAGGUGUUGAAGAUUAUGGGGACUUCGAAGAUGAAGAGGAGGAUGAAGACUAUGGUGAAGGUUACCUGGUUCAACCAGUGAGCCAGGCUGAAGAACCUGAUGCUGGAGGUAGUGAUAUGGAGCCAGGGAAUGAAGAUGAUGAUGCAGAAGAGCAGGAAGAAGUUGAAGAUGAUGAGGAAGUUCAGCUGCAGCCAUCUUCACAGCUUAAGAGAAAGAGAAGUGAUGAUGGUGAGGAUGAUGAGGAGGAAGAUGAUGUUGUUGAGUUUGGAAAGGCAUCAAAGAAGCAUCGCUAGUUCUAUACGAUUUCCCAAGUUAGAUGCUUUUGUUAAUCCUUAAGAAAGCUUGGAAACGGGAACUUGAUGUUAGAUAGAUUGAUUGAUAGUCUUCUGGUAGUGAUGUUGGCUGUGUUUUUGGACAACAAAUGUUUAGGUGAAAGGAAUUGUGUAUCUUGGUCUUGGCUGGCACUUGCUUAGUUCAAAAUGUCGUUAGCGUUUUUCUCCCGCCUGCCUUUCUUUCAUAUAGCCGUUCUAUAUGUUGAUUCAAAUGGCAGUUAUGAAGGGUUUGCCGCCCAUGUUCAGCUCUCUGGGUGAGGAAAAGAGAACAUGAUAAAAUCUUUGUUUUUUCGUGUUCGGCCAAGCGGGUUAUUUAAAGGGGGAGGGAUUGUAUGUUAUAAUACGAUUCUAGAUGGUACUGUGAUCCUCCUCGGCUCCAUAUUGAAUCAGGCGGGUUGCAGGCAAUUGACCAGCUCAGUACUUUAUUACACGCAUGGCAAGCUGUGAUUGGUCGAAUGGUUUUUAAUAUAUGAGCUGCGGCAUGUGGGCCAUGUAGCAAUCAAGCUAGAGUUUGAUGUGGCAAAAGGAUCAAGUACAUUUUUCCUACGGUCUCACAGUCACAUGUUACAUGGAACCGUUGCGUCAUGAUUGACAGAUUCUUUCUAGACUAUGAUCUAUCGGUUUGAUUACCAUUUGAUCUCUCCUUUUGUCACUGUAAAGUUUCGUAGCUGUGCUGUUGUAGUAAAUGUUUUAUACUUUUUAUGGAAAAAAAAUUGGAAAAGGAGGUAGCUUCAAGCUUCUUGUUGACGUAUUCAUAUUGCAGUGGAUGGUAUAGUAGUAAUUUAGCCAAUUGUAAUCUGGUGGAUACAAUGAUUUUGAAAUGAAAUCUAGCUUCGGGCCAGUUUGAGGAGCA